CUAGAUAUAUAAUCAAUCAUUCUAAUGUUACGGUUUAUAAACCUGCUUUAACAAGUGUACACAACUAAUCUAUCGAUCUUGGAAAUUCUAUAAUUCUAGACUAGAUCUAGAACGAUAACGUAGUUCUAGAUAUAGACUAGAUCUAGAUGCUCUAGAUAGUGUAUAUAGAAUCUAGGCCUUAAGUAUAUAGCCUAAUUAAUAGGCCUAGGCCUAUAUAUUAAUAAUAUUAUAAAAUUAUUAUUAUUAAUAUUAUAACAGUGAUCACCUACUAACUUAGUACUAGAAUCUAGUACUAGUCAAGUAGACAGAAGAUGUGAGAUCUGAACCAGCCUUUGGGCCAGUGUUUCAAAUUUGCACCAUAUAACAUGAGGACAAGAAUGUUGAACCCAUGUAAAAGUACCUGGAAGCUCUUGGUACGUUUGGUAGGUGGCCUUAGCUUAAUCUGCAUCUUACUGUGGGUAGGCUGGCGGCCAACAGUCCACACAAUCAGGUUUUUUUGGAGUCAAGACUACAGGGCUUGUAUGAUGCAGAAACGUAACUAUGAGUUGGAGGAAAAGUCCACACCUCUGUAUGUUACCCUCAAGUUUCACGGCCGACUUGGUAAUUGGAUGUACAGCUAUGCCUCCCUGCUGGGUGUGGCCAGGGCCAACGGGUACAUACCCUACUUGACCACCUCUCAUCCACUGGUCAGUUAUUUCCACAUCACCAAAGUUCGUCCAGAAGAUGCUCAGUGCCUGUACACAGUCUUUGAUGACCUCCCUUGCACAUACAAUCCUGAGUUGAUGAACCUGCCUGCUGGCAACAUUUCUAUUGAUGGCUAUCUCCAGUCCUGGAAGUAUUUUCGUUUUAUGGAAGAGGAUGUUAGGAGGGAGCUGAAGAUGCACACCCAUUUGAAGACUCAGGCCAAGGAGCAGUUCUCCAGGUACGUUGGUAAGUACAUCCAGGAGGGCAGGCUGGUCAUCAGCAUCCAUGUUCGUAGGGGUGACGUCCUGCUGCCUGAAGCCCGCAAGCUUGGCUUCUGUGAGGCGCCCAGAUCUUAUCUGGAGAAUGCCAUGAAAUACAUGCUGACAAGGUACCCUCACUCUGUGUUUUUUGUGGCAUCUGAUGACAUCAGGUGGUGCAAGGAGAAUCUGGUGCCUGUUUCCUCAGGGAACCAAACUGUUCCAAUUCUAUUCUCAGAGAGUAAUUCAUAUUGGGAAGAUUUUGCAAUGUUGACCUUAUGCAACCAUUCCAUCAUUUCUGUUGGCACUUUUGGAUGGUGGAGUGCCUGGCUAGCUAAUGGCCAUGUUGUAUACUACAAAGACUUCCCUAUACCAGGUACUAAAGUAGACUAUGAGACCAAGAAAGAAGAUUUCUUCCCUCCUCAUUGGGUAGGGCUAUCAGCUAGCUGUGCUAAUCAAUACAGUUGGCUACUGAUUGCUUGCUUGAUGGUUGGGACAGUUUUAUUCUUCAAUAAGUGAAAUCAAGACAAAUUGUGCUUAGGAUUUUCAGAUGAAUUUGUUGAGGAUAUUAUAAUUUAGCAAACACUUUUUAAAUAAUUAAAUAGUUCAAAUUUCAAUGUGAAGAAGUCAAACACAAGUCAUUAAAGGUGAAGGUCAUCACCCUAAAAGAAUCCACAAGGCAGCUGUUGUUUAAUUUUGGAGUUGUCCCCCCCUAAAUGGGGUUGCUGUCCCCAUUAACAAGCCUCAUCUACCCAGGAUUCGUGUGGUUAUCAUGUGGUGUUUGUGUGGUCAUCAUGUGGUGUUUGUGUGGUUAUCAUGUGGUGUUUGUGUGGUCAUCAUGUGGUGUUUGUGUGGUCAUCAUGUGGUGUUUGU